AUGAAAAAUCUAAAGAAACCCACUGGUCAAACAGCCAGAUGGCUCGAAGAACUGGGAACUUACAGUUUGACAGUGACACACAGGGCUGGAAGGAAACACUCAAAUGCCGAUGCUCUGUCCAGAAGACCUUGUAAAUCAUGCGAGAAACAAGAAUCUGGAAACCACACAAGUGACGAUGAAACAGACGAAAUUCAACUUGAAGAAUCUGAUUUUGUUAACCAGGAGUUACAUGAAAACGAGGAGCCAACACCAACAAUAGAAAUAGUACGAAUAUGUACAAGAAGUCAGACAGGAAAUCAGUCUAGUGCUACACCAAGUGGCUAUUGCAUAGAAGGAUGGGACCCUGACAGUAUUAGACAAUGCCAAUUGGAAGACCCAGACAUGUCACUCAUUGUGACAUAUCUUCAAGAAAAGAAAAAUAAACCUGACUGGGGCCAAAGAAACUGGGAUGAGAUUUUGCCACAGGUUAUGAUGGCAUACAGAUCAUCAGUCCACGCCAGCACAGGACAGACCCCUAACAUGAUGAUGUUUGGCAGAAACAUAUUUCUUCCUAUGGAUUCUGUUAUUCCACGUCCUAAUGGACCAGAUGAAUCCACUACCCCUGAAACGGAUAAAUAUAUAAAUGAAUUACAGGACGCUAUGUUAAAGUCACAUCAACAAGCCAGAAGAAAAGUAAGAAGACAGAGAAGGAAGGAGAGAAAAAUGGAACAGAAGGCUAAGAAAAUAAAGCAAGGAAAGGGUGACAAGGAACAGGACGAGGAAAUCAGACUUAAAGAGGAAGAACAAAGGAAGCAGGAAAAACAAAAACAGGAUGAGGAAAUGAGACGAAAGGAGGAAGAACAAAAGAGAAGGGAAGAACAGAAACAGGAGGAAAUUAGACUGAAGGAGGAAGAACAAAAGAAGCAGGAAAAACGAAAACAGGACGAGGAAGUCAGACUAAAGGAGGCAGAACUAAAGAGAAAGGACAAACAGAAACAGGAGGAGGAAAUCAGACGGAAGGAGGAAGAACAAAGGAAGCAGGAAAAACAAAAACAGGAUGAGGAAAUGAGACUAAAGGAGGAAGAACAAAAGAGAAGGAAAAAACAGAAACAGGACAAAGAAGAAAGGUUGAAGGAGGAAAAGAGGAUACAAGAAGAAAAACACAAUGAAGAAAGUAAAAGAAAGGAACUGGAAGCAUCAGAAGAUCGGGGCACAGAUUGUACAACUCUAAACGGCAACAUUACCGCAAGUGAACGGGCAAGGACAUUUCUGAGGAAAGGUGGCAUGCCACUUUUCCCAGCUGGGAGAAGGGAGUGGAAUCAAGAAGAAGUCAUCCCACUGAUUACCCUCCCAGCAGUUGUUAGUUGGCCACCUAAAAAUUGGAAGAAAGAUGACUCCAGAGCAAAAGUAUUUUAA